GGACGAAGGAGAAAAGGCUGCUGGGCGCCAUACUGGUUUGGUUCUUCGGCACAGUACGCGGGCAGCGCCUCCGCCGAUCGUUGCAGCAGUAGAUUGGCGGUAGCGCCAGUAGAACGGUGUGGUAGUCGGCAACAGCAGCCGUCGUCGUCGUCGUCGUCGUCGAUCGUGUAGCCCGUCGUUCGCGUUCAUCGACAUCGCGGCGUCGUAACGUCGUGGCAAUUUACUUUAUUUUCUUUCCCCCCUUUUUUUUUUACGUCCUACAGUUUCUCGUGGGAGACUACGUGUCUCUCUCUCUCUUUCUUUCAUUCGCUCGCUCGCUCGCGCGCGCGCGCGCGCGCGCGUGUACUCGUCUGGUCGGCCGGCACACAUUGUACGUUUUUCAUUCCCUCUCUCUCUCUCUCUUUCUCUUUACGGACUGUGGAAGCAAGCGGACAAGGAUAGAAGGAUACGGAUAGAGAAAGACGGAGACGCGUAUACAGCUGGAUUUUAACGUCUGCCAAGAGGAGUCAGGCUUACUCGGAAUACACUGCACAUCUCGGCAACGGUGUAGCAGCAUGGUAUGAUACAAGCGAGCCUGAAGAAAAAAAUGAUGAAGCCUCAUAUCCUGACGUACCUACUCCUCCUCCUCCUCCUGCCUCUAGUGCUGGGAUAUAACUUGCAAGAGGACGAUCUGGUCUUUGACGACAUCGGCGAGGAAAGUAGCAGUACUCCCUCGAUCGAGAGGCACAUCGCUGAUCGUAGUAGAAACGUAGUGGAACACGAUCGAAGAUUGACGAAAGAUACAAAGAGACAUCAUCGAGUCGAGAGAUUAUGGGAUAUACCGGAUGUCGUCGUUCCAGUCGGUCACAUUUUCAAAUUAAGGAUCACGAGACAAGCUUUCGGUGGUAGCGUAGAACGUUACGAGAUACACGAGGCAAAUGGACAGAGCCUGUCCCGUUGGUUGUACUGGGACGAUGCCGCUUCCACUCUUCUUGGUGUCCCAUCGAAGAAGGAUGCCGGUAAUCAUCAUUUAAUCGUCAAGGCUAUCGGGAAACACGGCGACAACGCCAAAGACGCUUUCGUCGUGCAGGUAGUUCCGGAGAAACGCGAGGAGGUCAAGCAUAAAGACGGCAAGAGUCACUGUAAGGAAGGAGAGGACCAGACGCUGCUAACGAUCUUUCUGGAUGUCAAGUUCGAGAAUCUCACACCGUCCGUUAAAGUAAACGCGAUCGAGAAUCUUGCUGGAUUUUUGGGACUCCACACGAGUGCAUUCUCUAUGCACCCGCAAAGCGCUAAGGAAACUUUGAAUUCCGAUUCUCUGGUUAUAUUUACCGGCCCUGGCAAUGUUAAAUAUCGUACCGAGAGGCAUCUGACGGCCAUCCAAUGGCAGGUUGGGUGCGACGGUCACUUAUGGAGGCACCAGACGAAUUUGGUCAAACAGCUGCGAGAUCAGGCGAAAGAUGGGACACUAGCGGAGGUUCUUCAACUUCCUGUACUAUUGUGGCGCGUAAAGACUGACUCGACCUUUCUAUCUAGAAGCCGUAGAGAUGCCGGAUCUGGCGAUUUCGACGUCGACGAUUACGAGGGUUACGAUUAUGACGACGAUGAAUAUGGCGAGGACGAGGACGGUGGCGAUGAUAACGAAGCGAUCACGGAACCACCGUUGCAACCGUCUUUCGUGCCUAACGUAAACUCGAGAGGAAACACCGAAUGGUUGGAACAUCCGCAUAGGCAUCAUCAUGGAGAAGAAACAUUGGAUUUGGGCCAGCAGAACGAAGAGGUUGACGAACGAGAAAUCGUACCAUCUGUAGAUCCACGUAACGUUGAGUCAAACGCCGCUAACGCCUCGUUCAAUGGUCUAUUGACCACAACAACCACCCAAUUUACACCGUCAUCAUCAUCAUCAUCAUCAUCAUCAACAACUACAACCACUACAACCAUGCCAACUACGACAACUUCAACCACAACGACUCAAGCUACGACAAUGCCCACGAGUACUACUACUCCUACUACUACUACUACUACUACUACUCCUACUACUACUACUACUACUACUACUACUACUACAAGUAGCAUUACUACGACAAGCACAAUAGCAGAUACAACACCAGCUACCACUUCGACCACCGUUGUUCCGUCAACAGAACCUACAAAGGUGGAUAUUAUGGAAGAGAGGGAAGAUAAUACUCAAGGCGUGGACAUGGAAUCUGUUACUCUGUUACCCACAAUUUCUCCCGAAAUCACAACCACUCUACCAUCGAUUACUACGCUUCAAUUUAGCACAACAGCUGCUUCGACCAGCGCUACGGGAAAAGCAGAAACAGAACCUACCACUGUUUUUGCUAACGUUACGUACGAAGAGGCGACAUAUGGAAUGACUGUACCUGUAACGCAACGUCAACCUACAACGACCACCCCAAUUGCGUCGUCUACAAUCGUUGGGAGUACAAGUGCCCCUACGACUAUUCCGCCCACGCAAACUCCUACGCUAUCUACAUUUAACACGAAAUCGGAGAUGGCCACGUCUACCGUUGGUGUUACUAUCACUAGUAGUACUACUGUCCCUAGUACUACCGCGACUCAAUCUACUAUGACCGUUACGAUUCCACCGUUGCAAGCUACGACGGAAAAUAUUGAAAUUCCAAUUAGCAAUUUGCCACCCAAAAAGGAUAGAAGGUUGAAGAAACUUCGUGUGAUAGCUGGCAAACCGUUAAGUUACGUUAUACCUGCUGACACCUUCAGCGAUCCCGAGGAUGGUGAUACGAGAAAUCUAAAAUUGGUUCUAUAUUUGCAAGGUGUACCGAUUAAAACAACCAAUUGGCUUCAAUUCAAUCCUCGUACGCAAGAAGUCUACGGAUUACCCCUCGAAAAUGAUAUUUCUACUUGGAAUUACGAAUUGGUGGCCACGGAUAGCGGUGGGCUAAAUGUCUCUGACAUAUUGGAUGUUCACGUUCAACAGCACAGAUUGAGUCGCAUCGUCAAUCAUGAAUUUAGUAUUUAUCUAAAAAUAGAUAAGCGCAAUCUUUUCCCGACCGAUGUUGAUUGGGAAUUACAGGUUAUUGGAAGUUUGGCCGAACUAUACGGCGACGCAGAUCCGUAUUAUAUUACAGUACGAGCUAUCGACAUCGAUCACGAUCAAGCUAUUUUCACUUGGAUGAACGACACCUUCCCUCGUAGUAGCGAAUGUCCCAAGGAUCACAUAAAUGAACUAUUACGCAUUUUGAUCGAUAAGGACGGUGAUCCUAGUCCUUUAUUGAGAGGAGCUUUGGCACCUGAAUUAAGAGUGAAGCGUGUCGUCUUCCAAGGGAUCGGACAGUGCGAGGAUAUGAAUCGUCAAUCGGUAAUACCUAAAGCUCAUACCGAAGAGCCCAAAGUAAAUUUCCCUCCUGUUCCAAGGAAUCAAGUGGAUCACGUAAAUGCCACCGUUGGGGAGUUGCUUGUAUUCAAAGUCCCAGAGGACACGUUCUUCGAUUCAGAAGACGGAUCCUCUCGCAAUAUGAAAAUGUCUCUUUUGACGAUCGAACGUACUCCUAUUCCGCCCGACGAAUGGUUACAGUUUGAUAAUAAAAAUCAAGAAUUUUAUGGCGUGCCUCUGCAAAAUGACGUAGGUCGAAAGGAAUAUCAAUUGGUCGUGACAGAUAGAGAGGGCGCAAGCGCCACGGACGGUUUAGUGGUCGUUGUACAUCCGGCUCCACCCAUGACGCAUACGGUUGAGUUUUCAAUGACUCUGGAUAUACCGUACGAAUCGUUCGCUCAUUCUGCCAUGCAAAAACGCAAUUUUGUUGAAAAAUUGCGUGACUUGUAUCACGACCGUGACACAAGCGCCAUUUCUUUGCGCAGCAUUUCGAACGGCAGUACUGUCAUCACGUGGCACAACAGAACAUUACCAACGGCUUAUUGUGCCCACGAAGAAGUUAAUAGAUUACGGGCGGUAUUGGUUAAGAGCGACAACGACAGACGAUCUGUUACCGACGAGGUUUUGGACGUGAUGGGCCUGAAGUUUCCAGUUAAGCAAAUCACUGUAAUCCCAAUGGGAAUAUGUCGCGGUGAAUUGACGGGCGUUCAUUCUCCGGACAGUCACGUGCCACCCGUCGACGAUUCCACCUCGAUCGGUGCAUUCCACGAUGAUUAUCUAAUAACCUUCGUUCUGCCCGCCAUUAUAAUAGCGGCCAUGCUCAUUCUCGCCGGCAUCAUCGCGUGCAUACUUUACAAACGUAGACGCAGCGGAAAGAUGAGCGUUAGCGAGCAGGACGAUGAGCGACAGAGCUUCCGUAGCAAGGGAAUACCCGUGAUAUUUCAGGACGAGCUCGAUGAAAAACCAGACCCAGGCAAUAAGUCGCCCGUUAUCUUGAAGGAAGAGAAACCACCGCUUCCACCUCCUGAAUAUCAAAAGACCGAGGACGGCGCGGACGUGCCAAUGUUGCCGAAAGAAAAUUCCGAGGAACCUUAUCAACCGCCGCCGCCGUUUGCGACGAAUCGCGAUACAAAUCGACAAAAUCGUCCGAAGCCAACGCCGACGUACAGAAAACCGCCCCCAUACGUGCCUCCCUAACAAAAUGCAGUGCACUCGCCUACGCGCAAAUACAUGCUAGCUAUGCUCGGAGAUGCAUCACCGAUACACGUGCAAAAGCAAAAGGAUUCUUACAAGAAAUCUCAGUUCGGCGGAAACGUUGAAAAUUACGGGGCCCUAAGCGUUUACAGCGAUCACUGAACUUUUUAUUUUCUUGCACGGAGUAUCGCAUAACGAACCGAAUGAUUUCUCUUACAGGGAAAUCUGUAAUUGCACGUUUUUUACUUAUUACGUUUCUUUUUUUUUUUUUUUUUUUUUUUUUUUUUUUUUUUUUUUUUUUUUUUUUUUUUUUCUUCUACAACGGACGAAUAUGGAUUGAAAAUAAGUUGGCCGCGUACGUUUGCGAGAAUGUUACGUAAUGAACAACCUGUCAUAACUUUUUAUUAACGUAUUUCAUUUCAUUGAUUCUUAAUAUCGUACGAUUUCUUCAUUUUUCGAUAUAUUAUUUUUUAAGGAGUACGGAAUAGAAAUCACGCGUUGCCUUUCGUAACGAAUUCAAACUGUAGAGAAGGAUUCUCAUUGCUCCGAUCGGACGAGUAAAUUUAGUUUAGAUCAUUGUAGAACCAACAAAGGUGGAUAGGUGCAAAGGUAUAAUUCUAUUUGAAAUAAUGCUCUGGACAGUCAACGACUUUCGUAUUUCAUUAAUCAGUGCCAUUUUUUAAGCAAUAAGCGUGACGAAUGCAUCGCGUAUUUACGCAUGUUGGUUCUACGACCUAUUACCUAUCUUAAGAGAAUUAAGCUUCUUCAAGAAGUAUCAAGAACUUGAACGAAACUCUUUUAAUCGUGCAUACAACGUGUAACACUGCCAAAAAAAGAAGUACUAUAGCGACGUACAACCGGUGAUUCAGGGCGGAGUGGGGGAGGGGCGUCAGUUCAUUAAUCGACCGACACAUUUUUCUUACAUCUCGAACGUUGUUUAUUUCCUUUAGGAUUAUUUACCGUGCGAAUUGAACAAAUCACUGCGAACGUAAGACGGAAGAUUACUUAACGUUUAUAUGCAUAUAUUUAAGAUGAAGUCAAAAUGGCGCUUAUCGCGGAAUCAUCAUCGUUUUGAUAAAACAUAGUCUCUCAUAAGGAGAAACCGACAACUUUUUGACGCGGGAAUCUUUAAAUAUUGGUUCGUGCAAUGCCAUUGUAAAGUGACAGCAAAAUGCUUCCAUUGGCACCGUAGGCCAUGCAGACUAAAGAAAGAAAUGAUGAUAAUAUAUACGAUACAUAUACAUAUACAUAUACAUAUACAUAUACAUAUACAUAUAUAUAUAUAUAUAUAUAUACAUAUAAAAAUAUAAAUAUGUAUAUUAUACCUAUUUGCCGUUCGAUAGACAUUAUUAGUCUGUGAGGUAUUUGGAGCGAUGAUAUUUGAAUACUGCCAGACAAGCGUCAUAGCAUUUACGUUCUUCUUUAUGCGUAAAAUUGCAAUUACGCAUUGCGAUCCUACUUUUUCUUCUUUUCACGCACAAUACUUGGCAGCCAAGCUCUUUUGCACGUACAAAUCGUACGAUCAUCGCCGGACGUAAGAUUAACUUUGCCCUUUGAUUUCACCAAAUUUCUAUUAUAAUUAUUUUGAUAAGGGAUUUAGAUCAACGUUAAUAAUCAACUUUAACCUUGAUCCAAAUACCAACGCAUUCGUACACGAAUAAUAAACCGUUAUUUAAUUUAGAUUUUUACAUAGUUACCAAGCCAAAAAUAAUUAAUAUUUAACGAACGGGAAUGAGAUUAAAAUAGUUGACACACACACACACGAGGAAAAGAAAAAAGAAAAAAAAAAGAAAAAAAAAGAAAAAAAAAACAAAGAAAAGAGAGAAAAGAGAGAAAAGAAAGGAACGUGUUCGGGAUGGCUUGCGCAAGGACACAAUACGUUUUAUAAUCAUUUUUGUAAUUUUUUAGGCGUGUCGCUAAGCGCCACCGUUAAUAAUUUGCGUGUUCCUGCUAUGAGAAAAAAGAGUGCGGGACACGAUACACGGGUAAAAUAUCUAACGCAUACAGCCGUUUCUUCGAUACCUCGAUACUUUUUCCUGAUAUUUUUGAAAAGGAAAUGUAAGAAACGAUUAA